AUGGUUGGGUCAAAGCAUAAGUCACUCGAUGUUCCAGUUGAAGGAAGAAGCGCAAGAGAAAAAUUCGAGCCAGCGCCGUUGUCCACAAAUUCCGUUGACCUCCUUGAUGAAAUAUCCAAAGUUCUGACAAACAACACUAUUGGAAUAGAUAUAGAAGUUGAAUAUUUUCCAGACGAUGAAUAUGACAGGCUAUUCAAGGAAGAUACGAUACGAUCUGCGCUCGGUGGCGGCCACGACGCUUCUCUACUAGUCGAAUAUGUUCUUAGCCAUGCGAAGAAGACAUUUGCAACAUUGCUAAUAGUCUUCUCUGACCCUAAUGACCGUCGGGAAGUCAUGGACGCUCUAAUGGCAAGUCAGUUCAAUGAUAAGCUGUUAGAAUGCGAUGAAUUUGAUGAAUCCUGUUUUGAUCACAAACUUUGGAAGAAGGGAAUGAAUCUUAAAUUUUUUAAAACAAAUCGGUUACAUUUUACUGUUCCUACGUUUGAAAUCGAGAUCUUUAAGUAUGACUUCGAUAUGGCACGGUACCUUCCGUUUAAAAAAACGAACACUCCAGCAAGUAGCGGCCAUUUUAGCGAAGUGACAUGUGUGGAGAUGUUGACCAGCAAGCAGAAUAAGGUUAACGUACCAGACAAGAUGUUGAAAGUCGCACUCAAAAAGCUGAAAGAGAUCAGCGACCUCGGCUAUGACAUCAAGAAGGAAUGGGAGCGUGAGGUAAGGGCUCACCAACAUCUGCAUCGGAAAAGUUCCAAUAUCAUCCAAGCAUUUGCCGCAUUUAGGCGAACUACGAAAGACAGGAAAUUUCAUGAGUAUUAUCUUGUGCUUGAGUGGGCUAAUGGCGGAACCCUUUUGGACUUCUGGGCGAAGAAUAAUUUACCUCAAGUAAAUGAUCCGGACGUCGGUAAAGUGCGUCGACUGGUCAAAGAAGUGCUGGAACAGCUCUAUGGACUGGCGGACGCUCUUGAGGCAAUGCAUUCUACUGGAUCUCAAUCACCUGGACAUAGCAGGAAUAGUUCUGCGCCGUCCUCGCCCGCACUCCCACCGCAAAAAGAUACAAAUCGGAAGAAGAAUAGUCUUGGUGUCGGUGUAUCAUCUGUGGAUAGCUCGUCCUUGCCUGUUUUUGAUCUCGACUCCGCAGAAGAUGAUGAGAACGAAACUAUACCAACCAUUGUGGUUUCUUCUGACCCGGCAAAUCCGAUAGUAAAUGGAAAUCCCAACUCGCAAAACUGGCGUCAUGGCGAUAUCAAACCAGAGAAUAUAUUACGGUUCAUUAACGGCAAAGACGAUACUAAAUUAGGUGUCCUGAAGCUCGCAGAUCUGGGAAGAGCACAGCAACACCAGAAUGUGACAAUCAUGAGGAAUACCAAGGAAACCGAACUUUGGAGGACACGAUGGUACGAGCCACCAGAUCUAGAGAAAGUAAACCACGAGAAGGCUCAAGGGAAAAUCUCACGCUUGUUCGACAUCUGGUCCAUGGGCUGCGUGAUUUUUGAAGCCGUGUUGUGGUUGCUGUAUGGCCACGAUUCUCACGAUGAAUUUUGGCGGGCGAACGGAUUUACUGCAGGAGAAAAAUGCGCGACACCUUAUUGGAGGAAAGGAAAUGACGGGAUUUACGGGUUAACUGAGGCGGUGACUGGAUGGAUGGAGAAAAUAUUAGAGCAUGAUCCAGAACGCGAUGGUGCUAUCGGUGACCUGGUCAAGUUGGUGAGAGAAAGAUUGCUCAAGAUUGAUCUGCCUCCAAAUUCGGAUUUCUACACGAAGGGUUUCCGCACAAAUGCCAAAGACCUAAAAGAACAACUUAGUGGAAUUCUCGCACACGCCAACAAAGAUGAAAGGUAUUUGUUUAGUGGCGCGGAUCGCACGGGCAUGUCUCUAUCGUGUUUUGUUACUUCGACAACAAAUAGCCCAUCACAAAUUAUAGGUAGUUCUUUGCUGUCGGUCGACAAUGCGAGAGGAAUGAGCGUUCCUAUAACCCAAAGGAGGGGAACCGAAAUAGCUCAUCGGCGGGACUAUACUGACAGCAUAAAUAAUGAGUGGAAGAUCCUCCCUGAAGAAGACUCAAUCGUUGAGUCAAUGUCGAAAGGUCCGAAAUUUAGCUGCGACGAACCCGAGCUUUGUAAAGGCUGCGAAGCCAUUGAUAUCUCCUCACCGCACGCAGAGAUAUCCUUUGACAUGGAUACAUUGACAACCAAAUUUGAAGGCGAUGAGUGCGACCUCUGCGAACUGGUCUACAAGGCAGUCAAGGAUCGAAAUCCAACCAUUUAUGGUGAUUUCCAACAGGUCUCAUUAAAGCGAUCAGGAAAUGAUUUUGUCUUGAAGAACACCAACCAGAAAUGCCUCCGGUUAAUUGCAAUGAAGAACACAGCUGCACGGGCACUACUCCCCUUGACAAGCAACCGCGACCCUUCCCCCCUAGAGCUUGAAUCUUUCAUCAAACUAUUGAGGGCAUGGCUAAACGAGUGUGACACUAAUCACAGAGAUCUUUGCGCUUCCAAACAUGAACAUGUGCUACCAACAAGGCUCAUCUGUGUCGAAAACGCCAAGAAGCCAAAGAUUGUAGUAACGGCAGAUCUUCCCAAAAACAUCCUCUCAAAGAUUCGAUACGUUGCACUCUCCCACAAGUGGGGUUGUAUGCCUGACAAGGCUAUUACAACGAAGAAGAAUUUUGAACAACGGAAGAAAAAAAUUCCAAUGGACGAGAUACCGCUCAGCUUCAGGAAUGCCAUUGCAAUUACGAGUGCCCUUAACUGCACUUACCUGUGGAUCGAUUCUCUCUGCAUCUUACAAGGCUCGGAUGGCGAUUUCAGUGAGGAAGCAGACAGGAUGCAAACGACCUUCAACUGUGCGUACUGCGUUUUGGCCGCUUGUAGUGCCCAGAGUGCUGAGGAUGGCUUUUUGCACAAUCAAGAGUCACGAUCGAAAUGCGUUAAGAUCGGUGAUAUUUCCGUCUCGCCAGUCACCAAUGAUUUUGAGCGGGAUGUUCUCGAUAGUCCUCUUAGCCGUCGCGGAUGGGUCUUACAGGAACGCGCCUUAGCCCGUCGAACAAUUUAUUUUACAAAAACUCAGACGUAUUGGGAAUGUGGCCACGGCAUCCGCUGUGAAACUUUGGUGAAACUUAAGAACGACAAGAUAGCUUUCCUUGGCGACCCGAAUUUUCCUGACUACACGAUCCGACUACCACGUACCGUAGGAGAACAAAUCAACCUGUUUCUUGAUCUGUUCCAGCAAUAUACCAGGCUAGAAUUUUCACAUCCGGAAGACCGUCCUAUCGCCAUCGAUGGACUAAUGGAGCGACUAACCGUGGCGUUCAAAACGCGAAGUCUCGCAGGGCUCUUCGAGACAUUUUGGGGUCGCUGCUUGCUCUGGCGACGGGCUGACGGCACAGAAUCCUUGAAGAAGAUUGGCCGUGGCAUGCAUUCCCGCAAGAUUCCGCCCACUUGGUCAUGGAUGGCUUUCCAGGGUGCGAUAUCAUUUAUCAAACCUAGAGGUCGCGAAGUCGAUUGGAACGACGCCAACGUGACCCGGCCAUUUGCCAGCCUUGCCCAUGAUCAAGCUUCGUGGCUUAGGACCAGCCGUCAGAAUGACAAUGUAGCUAUCAAGGCCCAGGCAUUUGACUUCCAAAUACCCGCAGGCACUAGCCGUAGCGAAGCCUCCCUGUACUACGAUGGCGACGAAUAUGCACAAGGUCCAUUUACGAAAUGUAUGAUCAUUGGUACCGAUAAACAGCAAGUCAGCAAUGCAACCACGAAAAAAUAUCAUGUAUUAAUCGUCGAUCCAAUCUCAGAUGUUCCCAACGAGACAUCUUACAAACGUAUUGGAGUUGGACAUCUGUUAGUUAAUUGGCUCUCUCUUUCUCUCUCCAUGGAUCAGCCGCCUGAUCCUGGUUCUCAGUCGGGGAAAGCGAUUGUCCCCCGGGCCCUUUAA